AUGCCUUGGUCGCCCACGCAGUUAUUCCCACAUCCCUUGGCCAUAACCCACCCACAAGAGUGUCAGCGGUCUAUCGCGAACUACCUUUCCUAUGCAAUGGUGGAUUUAAUGAUUUGGGAAGGGCUUGGUGAUUUGGUGAACAAGUUCAGAAAAACCUGCCUAACCCUUGACCCUUUGGAUACAAUCACUGGCUCCAGCGUGACCCACAGGCUGAGGAUACCCUAUACAUACUUCUGGUACGAUCUUACAGAAGGCCACCUAUCUAUACCAAAUAGAUCGCUUUUGCUUACAUAUACUGGUUUAAGGUCACAGGCACUGUUACCGAAGCCACUGGAUUGGUCCGAUCACAUCGAAGUAUGUGGGUUUAUCUCUUUUCCACACGAGCCAGAAUACCAGCCCCCGCAGGAAAUCGUCGACUUUCUCAAUGCCGGGAAAAAGCCAAUAUAUGUCGGAUUUGGAUCGAUCGUGGUGGACAAUCCAACUCGACUGUUGACGAUCGUUCUCGAAGCUAUUGCCAGCAUCGGCGAGCGUGUCAUAAUCUCUAGGGGAUGGGCCGAUCUAGGACGGGAGGAACUGGAUCUCCCAGACAAUGUCCUCGUCAUUGGAAGCAUACCGCAUGACUGGCUCUUCCAGCAUGUUUCUUGCGUGAUACAUCAUGGGGGUGCGGGAACAACUGCUGCCGGACUUGCCCAUCGCUGUCCAACUGUCAUAAUUCCUUUUUUUGGUGACCAGCAUUUCUGGGGUAAUGUUGUUGCCAGAGCUGGGGCUGGCCCCGCACCGAUUCCUUACCGGGAUUUGAGUCCGAAGAAAUUAAUCGAACGUAUUAAGGUCGCACUUCAGCCACAAAUUCAACAAGCGGCACAGCAGAUUCAGAUCGAGAUGUCCAAUGAAUCGGGACUUCGUGACGGCGUACGAAGUUUCCACAGACACCUUGAUCCUCAGCUAAUACAAUGUGACCUGUGUCCACAGCGGGCAGCAGCCUGGCGUGUCAGGCAUAUGAAUACCAAGCUGAGUGCUUUUGCAGCUUCUGUUCUCGUUGAAAGCGGGAAAAUAUUCCCGCAAGAUCUUGUUCUGUAUCAUUCUGCAGCAUACGACACCUAUCGUAAUCCCGCUGAGCCAGUCAGUGCAGUAUCCCAGAUAAUUCUGGGUACCCUUGCCGGCCUUGUCGCUAGUAUUUUUGAUGUUCCAGGUGCGAUCUCAUCGUGCCUGCUUUCCGUACACAGUGUUUUGGGUGAACCCCACGAACAUUUUGACCCAUACGUCCAAUGUCAACGACACAGUAUAGCCGAGAGAAAGAAGGACAUCAUGGAUAAGCUACAUGCUCGCAGAAUCAACAAGCCCUUCCGUCUCUGCAAUGAGAAGCGUGUGAAACAUAUCCUGGCUAAGUUAACUCUGCGGGGCAGUGGUGGACCGAAGAGGAGUCUCCGGCUUACAGAGCAGAAAUCGUCGUGCGACAAUGGAAAGCUGCUGAAAAUGCGUCAGACCACCUCUGAGACUGCAUUUAUUCUUAGCAUCACCUCGAAGAAAGCUCUGCGUGUUUUCAUUAAAUUACCAGCCGACAUCUUGCUGACACUGAGUAAGGGUUUUCACAACGCUCCAUUAUUAUACAAUGAUCACCUGGUAAAGCCAUGUCCACAAGUUACAGGCGUUUGGACCGGCUUCGAAGCCGCUGGAAAGGAACUCAAAGACAGCCUUCAUGACAGCGUCACUGGGCUAUAUAUUCAACCACUGUAUAGCUUCAAGCACGGCGGUGCUAGAAAACUUCCCAGUGGUCUUGCUAAGGGUUUGGCUGGCCUUUUGAUUAAACCUCUAGCAGGUUGGUAG